GGUCGUUGAUAACUUCAUUCCUGAAUUGGUCUAUGAGGCUCUCUAUAUGGCGCUUAAUGUCUAUUGGUGCGGUGUCCGCUAUUGCCUGUGUCUCAGAAUUGGGGGCCGUUUCUUAUUGCUUCCCGUCCCCAUAUUCUCUGUUUCUUAUAUAUAUGCAAGUUUACAUAGGAGGCCCAGCUUCCCUGCCUGUCAGCCACAGCCUGAUCAAAUUGUGCUGGCUAGGUGUUCCGCCCACCGCUGCGCACCAGGGAGUUACGGACUAGGCAGCCUAUGCAGAAGUCAGUCGCCCCUCCGGGCCACCGUCAGGCUCUGGGAUCUGGGUUAGGCCAGCCUACCAAGUCCACCUGCAGCGUCACACAGGCCAGGCACUUUUCACCAAUCCCGUCCGAGAGGGGAAUGUGUGGCUGGAGUCGCCACCGUGCCCUGCUCUUACAGGACUGCCCGAGCCCAGAAAGUCCUCCGCUGGAGUCAAACUGUGGUAGAGUGUCAGUUUCUCUCACUCACCUCGCCACAAGUCAGUGUACGCCUCCUAGUCCUGUCCGUCCUGUUUUCGACUCCGUUCGCAGACUGCCGUUCCCAGAGCUUCUGCGCGUCUCUCCUUGCCGAGCCACUGUGGAGGCAGCCAGCCACCGCGCGGCAGGAAACCCAAAUCGCGGUUUGCAAUGGCGCGGGGUCCAGCCUCCACACCGAGGCUUUUCUGUUCCUAUUUUAGCGCCAGGACUGCAUUCCAAGUUGGUUUCUCUCAGCCCAGUUCGUUCCUGAGUCAGCAGAGCAUAUCUCUACCGGCCCAUGUCUCCUUAGUCCGCAUCAUUCCUGACUUCUGAGCCGAGCCUUUCAGAGAGCCUCCGGUAGUUGCUGUUAAUCUGUCCGCCAUGUUCUCCCGGAAGUCAACUUGAGGGUUUUUGUCGAGAAGUCUGCUGUGAUUCUGAUGGUCUUUCCUUAAUAGACCUCGGUAAGUGAAAGUCUUCAGAGGGAAGCUGCAAAGAAGCAGGCUAUGAAACAGACCAAACUGGAGAUGCAGAAGGCCCUUGCAGAAGAUUCCACUGUAUAUGAAUAUGACAGCAUUUAUGAUGAGAUGCAGAAAAAAAAAGAAGAAAGUAAUCCCAAAUUACUAUUGGGAAGAGAUAGAAAGCCCAAGUAUAUCCACAACUUACUAAAAGCAGUUGAGAUCAGAAAAAAGGAACAGGAAAAAAGAAUGGAAAAAAAAAUACAGAGAGAACGAGAAAUGGAAAAAGGAGAAUUUGAUGAUAAAGAGGCAUUUGUGACAUCUGCAUAUAAAAAAAAAUUGCAAGAAAGAGCUGAAGAAGAAGAAAGAGAAAGAAGGGCUGCUGCACUAGAAGCACGUUUGGAUGUAACCAAGCAGAAAGAUCUCAGUGGAUUUUAUAGACACCUCUUAAAUCAAGCAGUUGGUGAAGAAGAACUACCAAAAUGCAGCUUUCGUGAAGCCAGUUCUGGAAUAAAGGAAGAGAAAUCAAGAGGUUACUUAGAUGAAGUAAAUUCAGAAAACAGAAUACCACAGGAAAGAUGUGUUCUUCAAACUCGUGCGAUGGAGGAAGAAAAUCCAGAUGCCGAUAGUGAUUUUGAUACUAAAAGCAGUGAAGAUGAUGAAAUGGAAGAAAAUAAAGUGAAUUGCAGAAGGUCAAAAGUCACAGAGACCUCCAGGAAUUACUCUAAGCAUCUCAAGAACCAAAACCACUCAAGAUCAUCUAGUGAAGAAAGAGGGCAUAGUACCAAAUACCACACCAAGGGUUCAAAGUCCAGAGGGCAUGAUAAAAGGGAAUAUCAUCCCCAAGAGAGGCAGUCCAGAGACCAGGAAAACUGUUAUAUUGACCGGGACCACAGAACAGUAAAGGAUUCUCAUAAACACAAAGAAGCCAGCCAUAAAGAUUCUCACUGGAAGAGGCAUGAACAAGAAGAUAAACCACGGGGAGACCAGAGAGAAAAAAAUGACAGAGAAUGGAAAAGAGAGAAAUAUUCUUCAAGAGAACAAGAAAGAGACAGACAACGAAAUGAUCAUGAUCAAUACAGUGAGAGACAUGGGGAGAAGGAAAAGAAGAACAAAGAAAAGGAAGAACACAUGAAACCUGUAAGGAAGGAAAGAUAUGAAAAUAAUGAUAAAUACAGAGAUAGGGGAAAACAGGAAACAAGUGUUCAUUCUUCAGAAAGAAAUCACAAAAAAGAAGGCAGAUCAAAUUCUAAGGCAAAGGAAGAGUUUCUUGACCAUGAGAAAGCCAACAAAAUGAGGAAUAUGGAAAAGAACAAAGAAAGAUACCAAGAGAAGCCCUCUGGUUCUGAAACAUCUCUGGGAGCAAAACACAGACUCUCAGAGGAAAGGCAAGAGCAGGACAGAGAACAAGAAAGACCACCAGAGGCAGUGAGCAAGUUUGCAAAGAGAAGUAAUGAAGAAACUGUAAUGUCAGCCAGAGAUAGAUAUUUGGCCAGGCAGAUGGCCCGGGCUAAUGCAAAGACCUAUAUUGAGAAAGAAGACGAUUAAUGGCUGCCCCAACACAAAGACAUGUGGGAGCACAGGACAUUGUAACUCCUAGGACUUUGUUCAGUGAAGGCAUGAUGAAAUGUGUUAACGGUAGUUGAGAAUAUUUUAAAAUGUGUUUUCAAAAUUGAAGUCAAAAGUCUUUUGACUGUUUGACUAGAAAUAUGUAUGUAUGUAUGUAUGUAUAUAUGUAUGUAUAUAUAUAGUAUUUCUUUGUCAAUCCCAUAUUGUUGGUUGUAUUCAGGAACCGAGUGUCUAUAUCCCUGCAAGUACUUAAUAAGGAAAAUUGGCUAUACUGCCACCAUUAAAAAGUAAACAACUUUCCUAAUAAUGUUGUUUUUGUAACAGUAGCGGUUUAGUUUUAUAAAUAUUAUAUUUUAAGUAAAAAUAUGCAAAAAUUUGAAGAAUAGGAAAAUUAUUAUACUUUAUGAUCUGAAACUUGUAUUAAACUAUAAAAUGUAGAUCAAGUGUGUUGUUUAAUUUUUCAGCCCAUACUUGGCUUAAAGAAAAAUAAAUAUGUACUUUAAUUCAUGCUUUAAUUUUAAAAGUAAUUUCACUUUUAUGUCACAAUUCCUUUUAUUGUUGUAGUUAAUAAAAUUAAUUUGUAAUUCUGAAA